UUGAUUAUCUCUGAAAACUUGGAUUCCAGCUUUGGGUAUGUCUGAUGUGAAAACGGUUUGUGAUAUACUGGAUAGAGAGGAGAAAGAAGAGAAAAGUCUACAGAAACAGCUAGAACAAAAACUAACGGAGAAUAAGUUAACCGGCUCAGUUAAAACAGGGGUAGGUAAACCAGGUGAAUUCGUGGUGUCCACUGCGGAGCGAGAGAAUGCUGACGUCAUCAUCUGCGGCUGUCGUGGGAUGGGCAAGGUCCGGCGGACCCUGAUCGGAACUGUCAGUGAUUAUCUUGUCCACCAUGCCCACGUACCCGUCGUCGUGUGUCGCCACCCGAGUCACGUGCACGAGAUUCUAGGGGACCGGAAGUGAAAAAAAAACAGAUUACAAACCAUGUGAUGCUAGUUACUAAUUAUAGCUUUACCUUGUGUAGAGGUGGCGGCGUGUUUCAUUAAUAUUCUUGAAGUGAGUCUAUUUCAAAGCUAAAAUAUUGUUUAUUUAGUAUUGUAAUGUAUAUUAAUGGGACUUGAAGUAAGUCAAUUUUGAAGCUCUAUCAUGUAACUAGUAACUUAAAGAUAUUUGUAUCAAUGUCAAAAUAAAGCAAUAACCGUCGAUCUAUGUGAAAUGUACAUGACUGUAUCAAGUUGACUUUGCUUACAAUUUGUGUGUUUUAUAUGAAAUUAGAACAAUGUACAAAGAAAAAGUGAAAAUGUAGUCAAUAAUGGCUUGAGAUAAAAAGGGACAAUUACACAGUGUUUAA